AGCGUCACGAAUAUCUCAGACGCUGGCGAUCAACAGCAAUUGCAUGAAGAACGCACUCUUCAGCGCCCAGAAGACUCAUUGGACGAGGAUUUAGCGCAAUCAUUGGCCUCGUUGUCACCUCUAGACGAUAAGUAUGAGCUACAACAGGAGAUCUUAGAUGCACGCCAGAGUACACGAGAAAUCGAGAGCCAGACCGAGACAUUUGUUUCCAAAGCCAAACUGCGUCAUGUGAUAACGGCCGAGGCUGUGACGCGUGAACUAACAAGAACUGCGACGCAACUUUCACCCGAGCAAAUCAAGUUCUACGCAAGGACGGUGUGCGCAGAAACGGAGGAUGAGGGGCAUAAGGGAACGACCAAAAUCACGACGUUCCGCAAGAUUUUUGCACUUUUGGUUCUAAUCGAAGCUGUUUCUUCCGUCGUGGACUUCGUGAGAGAGGAAGUCACUGAUCAAGAUCUACCCCUCGUGAAACAUGAUCGAACCGGCGAAUUAUAUCGCAAAGGUGGUCAGGUUUCAGUUCCUCGUGGCUGCUUCAAGGGGUGGUCACCCUUGAAACUAGAGAAUUUCCAACGCUAUCAAUGGUGGCUACUUGCGACAUACUUCUCGCCACCCGACGGUGACGGGGUAGUAAAGAACUACAAACUUCAAGACCAACACAUCCUUCCAUUUCUCACCCCAGGGAAUGCCCUAGGUCAGCCCAUUGACAAGACUGGUGGUUAUGGAAGGGUAAUAAUGGUGAACAUACCCUCUGAUCACCACAAUUUCAGUGAUAAGCGGCUCUGUGAGCGCGGGUUCGCCAUCAAACAGCAACUCUACGAAGAGCAUCGUGACGCCUAUAAGAGAGAGAUAGAUAUACUGAUGAAGUUCAGCGGCGGGCGAAGUCAUCCACACAUUGUGUCCUUGCUUGCAACUUAUGAACAGUUCAACCGAUUUAAUCUGAUCUUCUACCGCGCAGAAGGUGAUCUCUUCGACUAUUGGAAGAAGCUCAAGCCGCACCCGGCUCUCCACCACAGCAAUCUCAACUGGUUCGCCAAGCAGUGCAGCGGGCUUGCCGAGGGCCUGUCGAAACUUCACAAGCUCCUAUCGUUCACCAAACCUCAGCCUAAGAUCGAGGAGGAGCAAGUGGAAGACUCACACGGUAUAUUCGCGCCAUUGAGCGAGAGGGUCGACACAGGCUCGUCGAUGCUCUCAAACGGUGUAAAAGAGCGUCCGACGAGCCCAUUCAGAUCGCCCAACGACUUUGACGAUCAUGACCUGCCGUCGCAUAGCCAUCAACUAUACGAUUCCGGAAACAGGCAAAAGAAAGUUUACGGUCGUCAUGGCGACAUCAAUCCCAACAAUAUCCUUUGGUACGACGAUGGCGAUAGCGACGUCGAUGGUCGCACAUUGCAGGGGACGCUCAAGAUCACCGACUUCGGACAAGCUGAGAUCCACUCACUGGAGAGCAAGACCAAUCGUCGAGAAACGCCUAAUACAAUGACUUACCGACCUCCCGAAUGCGAUUUGCCCAAUGCGGAUAUGCGGCAAUCUUACGAUAUUUGGUGUUUGGGUUGCGUUUACCUUGAAUUUGUGGCUUGGUUGCUGGGGGGUCGUGAGCUCGUGAGAAGAUUCAAGAGGUUGAGGACGAUGGCUGACUACUUCCAUCGAUUCACAACUGUUGAUACAUUCUACGAAGUGGAGAAAGACCCUGAAGCUCCUGGGAUACGGGCCAAGGUAAACUCAAGAGUUACCGCCUUUAUCCAAGAGCUACAUCGUCACUCGAACUGUACGGCUUACGUGCACGAUGUACUGAACUUGAUACAGUUCGACAUGCUGUUAGUAGACUCAAGAGAGCGCAAAUCUUGCAUGAACUUGUGGCGAACAUUAGACGACAUGUAUGCCAGGUGUUGCCGCAACGAAGAAUAUGCGACGACGAGCAACCCUUGGUGCAACAUGAGAUCUACCGAAUCAGCAGUCGAGCGCUACGUUGUGUACAAUCCGGAGCAGGCUAUUCAGGAUGAUCUACCAAGUCCAAGAUCAGAAGCUCCAGCACAUACCUUGUUUGCGCAUGUUCGUGUCAAACCUGAAGGGACAUGUGUGAAUCGAACCAGCGCGAUGUUUGCCAAUACUGCCCUGUUCUUGACGUUCUUGUUCGUCAUUGGCUAUCUGGUGCGGGGCAACAAAGCGCGUGCGAUCCGGCCGACUCGACCCGAGACUUUCAUCAACAACAAGGAGGAACACACCGAGACACUCGCUCUAGCGCCCGGAUUGAGCGACGAUGAACUAGAAGGUCUCAUUCCACCCAAGACCUCAGGCCCUGAUCUAGUCGGCACGAUACUCAGUCGUUUCGUAGCAGCAACGUUCCACGAUCCAAACCGCCAUUACUUACCUGAAAAUGCGAUAAAGGAGAUCAUCGUCCAAACAGCGAUCGAACAGGAGCUGGCUAAGAUUGAAAAGUCUACAACAGAGCAAACUAUCAAGUGGGAUCGCGCACGUCGGUCUCAGCUCGCGACAUGGAUCCGUACCAAGGCCCCCAAGGUAUUCGCCAUCACUAUACAAUGCGACUUUGAACCAUACCAUCUGCUACUAGCCAUGGCUAUGUUUCAAAGAUGCGGGUUCACUGAUGAGAAACUACCAAUGGUUGACAAACCGCCAAGUCAACUUACAUUUCCUCCGCAGAUCUGGAAUCAACUCAAACUUGUCAACUUCCUAGAGAAUCAGUGGAAGUGUUUAGCUCCAAGGUUCAUACGACAAAAAUAUGGCUAUGACCUGAAAGCGCAAUGCAUAUUUCCAUUCACUUCAGACGGUACAGUUCCAAAAGAUGGCGCUUUCAGCUCCGUUUAUCGGGUCACGAUACACAAAGACCACCAUGAGUAUCCGGAGAUACAGCAGGUGGCGCUUAAGGAACUCAAAGUGCCGCAAGGAGGGGACCAAGCUGCUGGGACCGACCGGGCUUGGAACUGGGAGGCGACUGCUCUCGAGGCCAUCAGAAAGCUCAAUCAUACCCACAUCGUGAAAUGUAUAGCAGCUAUUCGGAGAGGUCACAGCCGUUACUUCAUGUUUCCCUGGGCCGAUGGGGACAGCUUGCGUGAAUUCUGGAACAACACGCCACGAGAGGCUCCAAACGCUUGUAUCAUCGAGCACACCAUCGUUGAACUCAGAGGUAUUGUCGACGCCUUGGAUCAACUACACAAUUUCAACAGCGGUCGACCAGAACAUGAUAGCGGAGCCAAUGGCUUGACGAUACGAGUGAACGACCCAAGCGUUGUGGAAUCGCAUCUGAGCGGUGGAAGUGAUGCCGGUAGCGAGAAUGGGCUUGAUAACGAGGUGGAUGACUACAAGAACGCGGGAAAUGCGGAGUCCAUCAGACAUGGCGAUUUGAAGCCAGAGAAUAUCCUGAGGUUCCUUACUAAUGAUCACAAGUCUGGCCUGGGCACUCUGAAGAUCGCGGACAUGGGCCUGGCUAAGCGGCAUGUAGUAGCGACGCAGGAACGAGGGAAAGCAACAAGCACCAGGUAUGGCACCCGACGAUACGAAGCGCCUGAAACUGUUACUGGUGAGAAUGCACGCUCCCGACUCUAUGACAUCUGGUCGAUGGGAUGCAUCACGUUCGAGUUCAUCAUCUGGAUUCUAUACGGCAAUGACGAAUUGAACAACUUCUACAAACAGAUCGAGGGUAAUGCACAACAGAUUUGCCAGUACUACGAAGUUUUGGACGCGAGCGAACCGGAAAGUGCUAGAGUUCACCCUGUGGUCUUGAAGUGGAUGGAUCACAUUCAGACUAAGGAUCCUGAGUGUUCAGCAGGGCAGAUCUCAGCGACCAAAGAUUUGCUCAAGAUUGUACGCGAGAUGUUACUAGUCGUCAAUCUACCACCCAAUAGAAAGAGUGGUACUCUGAGUGGUCGACCUCUGCUCCCUCCAGCACUCGGUCAAUCUGUCACACGCUAUCGAGCUACGGCUGCGCAAUUUCGUGACGAGCUUGAUGUUAUAUUGAGGAAACAAAACGUGUCCAGCUACAUGUUUACUGGAAAAGACCGCACCAACGUCAGAACGCCGACCUUCACGGCCCCGAUGCUAUCGCCCAACAGUGCUAAUCUCCCUUUGAACAACCUACCACCCCCAGGGUCGCUCAAGAGUGGAGUGCUUGGUCGACCUAUCGGCGCUGACUACACCCUUCCGCCUCUCAAAGACUGGGAGUUUCAGAUCGAUAACAACUUCGCUGACAAACUUGUCGCAAGUGUCGAUGUACAGGAAUUUGUCCCGCAAACAUCCUCCCAUCCUCAACUAUGUGGCUCAUGCUUGACGCAAGAUUUCUUAAAAGGCGGUUUCAGCAUUGAAGAGCGGGUAUCAGCAUUGGAAGAUCGCGCUCCACAAUGCGAUUUGUGCAGAAUGCUGUACGAAGUUCACAAUCAAGCCGAAGAGCCCAAGGGAGAUCGAGCAGUAUUCCAGCGAGAUCAGUCAAAUAUCAUCAUGACGGGCGACUCAUAUCCCGUUCUUUCUUUGAUCCGAAGCCCAGAAGCGGACCUCCCGUGUCCGAUCCAAACUGGCUUCCCAGAACUCCCAGAACCCGGUUCAGACGUCUUUUUCAGCAUCAUAAAGCUGUGGCUCAAAGACUGCGAUACGCAUCACACAGGAUGUGAGGGAAUGUCCCAUAGCCUGCCGACAAGACUCCUCGACGUGGGCACUAUCAGUACGCCCAUGCUGCGCCUCGUCGAGACGAAGCGAGAGCAGAUCCCGAGCAAACAGUACGUUGCACUGUCGCACCCCUGGGGAGACACCACAAAGUACACACCGUUUUGUACCCUGCCAGAUAAUCUAGAUGACCAUCUUCAAGCCAUUCCCGAAGGAGAUCUUCCAGCGACCUUUCAUGACGCUGUCAACUGUACACGAAAGAUUGGCAUUCGCUAUCUGUGGGUAGAUUCGCUGUGCAUCAUUCAAGGUGAGCACGGAGAUUUCAAUGAUGAGUCGAAGAAUAUGGAGGCAGUCUUUAGUGGAGCGUAUUGUGUACUCGCUGCAAGCAGAGCAAGCAAUCAACGUGAUGGCUUUCUUGAUCCCAGGCCACAGCGCGAGUAUAUCACUCUUCAACGAGACAACGAGAAUCCUCUCUUUGUCUGCAAGACUAUCGACAACUUCAGUAAAGAUGUCAUCGAGGGGUCGUUGAACAAGAGGGGUUGGGUGUUGCAAGAGCGCGCGCUGGCACGACGGACCAUCUACUUCACGGAGAACCAGACGUACUUCGAGUGUGGCCAGGGUGUUCGGUGCGAAACACUGGCCAAACUGCACAACAAUAUGGCCGAUUUUCUUGGUGACCCAAACUUCCCGAACAAGGCCAUGCGAGCCAAUCGCGCACGGAAGAUUGCUUACUUUCAAGGCCUCUACAAGCAAUACUCUCGUCUAGACUUCACCCGCUACUCCGACCGUCCUUUUGCCAUUGCGGGUCUCGAGAAGCGCCUACAAAGUGCGUUCAACACACGAGGGGCGUUUGGCAUCUUUGACGAUGGAGAUAAAGAAGACGGCGGGCUCUUCCAUCGAAGUCUUUUGUGGCAACGCGGCGAGGAAAAAGGAGAUCUUCCGAACAUGCCACCAAUUGAGUUCCCACCAGCGCGCAAGGUGAAAGUCCCAAGCUGGUCCUGGAUGGCGUACCGAGGUGGCAUAGAUUAUAUCGACCCACCGUUCGAUCAAGCAGACUGGGAGCGCACCGAAAUAAUCCCACCUUGGACUCGCGGUAGCAACAAACACUCCAUGACGAAUACAGGUCCCCAGGAGGAUGAAAUUGCCAUCAUAGCUCGCGUCCGCGACUUCAAAGUGGCGGGGCGAUUGCCAGAAGAGGUCAAGAUAACGUAUGAUGCCGAAAGGACAAGUGCGAGUGACGGCCAGGUCACGCAGUGUGUCAUCGUGGCGAAAAUGAAGGGCGGAAGCUCGAAUUUGCUGAGGCGAUACUACGUCUUGCUUGUCACAGCGACUCAGGGGCUAUCAGGGAGGGGCGAGAAGAGGUAUAGGAGGGUCGGAGCAGGGUUCAUGCUGGGAAAGUACAUCUCGUUAGAGGGGGAGGGUAUUGCGGGGAGAAUCGUUUGA